GGCGGGGCAGGGAGGGACGGACGGACGAACGGAGGAGGAGAAAGAUGGCGGCGGCGAGAAUGAUGGUGGAGCCGUGGUUCGAGUUGGGCGGGGGACGCCUGCGGGUGUGAGCGAGCGUGGCCCGUGUCCGUCUGUCCUCCUCCCCGCCCCAGCCAUGUACCGGUAGAGAGGGAGAGAGAGAGAGGGAAGGAAGAGAUAGAGAGAGAGAGAGAGAGAGACAGACAGCAAAGGAGGAGAGUUGACGAGCCUGAGGCCGAGCGAGGAGACGGCGGAGGGGAAGAAGCAGCUGACGAUGGAGGAGGAGAACUCGAACAUCAACGCGGACCUGGAGGUGCGGAAGCUGCAGGAGUUGGUCCGCAAACUGGAGAAGCAGAACGAGCAGCUGAGGACCCGCUCCACCCUCCUGAGCCCCCGGGCUGGGCCCGCUCCCCCCGGGCCCUCGGCCGGCCUCUCCCUGGACGGCCUGACCCAGUCGGACUGUCACUCGACGCCCCGCCCAGGAGCAGGAGGGGCCCAGGCCCCCGAGGCGCUGGGGGCCGGGGGUGUCGCCGGCCUGGGCUUCCUCUCGGACCCCGAGGGCGCGGAGGCACCGGCCGAGCUGACGACGCUGGAUGAGGUGGAGACGCUGGACGUGGAGUCGCUGGUGUCGACGGGUGAUGAAGAGGACGACAGCUGGUUAUACAUGUCACCAAAGAAGAUGCCUACUCCUGUUCAGAGAGCUUUUAGCCCAAUUCGAUGGUGCAGACAGGUGCUGGAUCACCCAAGCCCAGAUAUGGAAACUGCAAAAAGGUUAUUGAUACAGAGACUUGAUCAAACAAUGUCAGAGAGUAAAAGACGGAGUUUAUUCAACAGCCCCUAUAGUACUGGUGGUUAUGCAAGUGGAGGCAGUAGUGCUUAUGGAAGCAACUUCAGCUCCCCGACCUCAACACCAGUUAGAUCCGCUCCACUUGUAAAGCAGUUGAUAAUGCCAGGUAGUCCAGGUCAUUUCAAAGGCUCCAUGGACAGAAAUCUCCCCAUCAGCCCCCAGUCCUCUGUGGAUAGUGAGCUAAGUAAUUCUGAAAUCGAUGAAGAUUCACUAGGGUCUGGGUACAAGCUUACUGAUGUCACAGAUGUACAGAUCCUAGCUCGCAUGCAGGAAGACAGUCUCAGACAAGAAUAUGCAGCCAAUGCCUCAAGGCGUAGUUCAGGUUCAUCUUGUCAUUCACUGAGGCGGGGUACAUUCAGUGACCAGGAGUUUGAUGUUCAGAGUUUGGAAGAUGAAGAAGAAUGUGUUCCUCAUACCUUGCACCCUCCCAUGAAUCGAUUCACUCCAUCUCCAAGACACUCCCCUCGACCUUCACCAAGGCAUUCACCUAGGAAUUCUCCACGCUCGCGCUCUCCUGCCCGGGGACUGGAUUAUAGUCGAGUAUCUGGCUCUCCACAGCCCAUGAUUAGUCGUCUACAACAGCCGCGCCACUCUUUGCAAGGCCCUGCUGCUGAUCUCCAGUCUAAUGUAAAAAAUGAAGAGAAAUUAAGACGUAGUCUUCCAAACCUAUCCAGAUCUAGUAUCCAUUCAGCAGAAUCUGUCAAAAAUAGCAGAAGUUGUGACUCGAAUUUACAAGUGCCAAAUGGGGGAAUACCCCGUAUUCAGCAGCAAGCUGCAGCGAAAAAAUCGUUAAAACGAGUGGAAGAGAAGAAAGGCAGUGUACCUUCUCCAAGUAAACUCAGACUGCCUACAGGGCCAUCUCCACUAGCUCUCCGACAACCUCUAAAAGCUGUGGUAAACCCAGGGCCGGUCUCUACCAGUUCUGUUCCUGGACCUGCUUCUGUUCAGUCUGCCGGUUCUCCAAGUCAUACGGCAUCAGGUAUCGCUAGCCCUAGUAAAGGUACAGCAGUGCGAAGUGGCUUGCCAAGACCUAGUGCCUCUUCUACUGGGGGAAUACCAGUGCCUCGGAGUAAGCUUGCACAGCCUGUUAGAAGAUCAUUGCCAGCUCCGAAGACUUACAGCAGCAUUAGAGACGAAAGCUGGAAAGAUGGCUGCUACUAAACUGAUUACAGUGAACCAACCAUCUGAGAUUUGCGGCGCUACUGUUCCCCAAGCUAAAGAACUUACUUUGACUGUUUGGAAAAAAAUUAGCAGGAUUUGACAAAUUCCAUUUCUCUGUCAUAAAUCAGCACAAAUUGGCAGAGAUCGUGGAGAAGCACUUUAUUGACAUUACACAUCAGAUUUUUCAUACUUGUACAAUCAGUUUUUCCAUAUCCAAGUGCAUUGUUUUAUGGUAAUAAGCAAUUUAAGUCAUUUAGUACAAAAAGACAGAAACCUAGACAUAACCCCAAAAAAUGCCAAAGAGGGGGAAACAGACAAUGGUGAGAGAAUGGAUAACUGAUGUUGUAGCAGACUUUGGGAAUUGACAACUCAAACUGUGAGAUUACUUAUGGAAGCCUGUUUUGUACAAUCAAUUAUUGUCGUGUUGAUAAAUUUUGUACUCCUGAAGUAGGACAAGGCACAAUUCCAGUUGUAAAGGGGAAAAUGUAAAGGCAUCGUAAUCUACAAUCCAAAUGUAACCUGACAAUGUACAGUAGAAAAACAGAAGCCCUCAAUUGUUUUUGGCAGGAAUGCUUUCAUGAGCAAUGUGUAAAGCAGAUUACAUACAACCGUGUAUUUUGUUUGUGCGCAACUUUUCUAAAGUGAAAAGCAAAUUGGUAUUUUUUUUAAAUUAAAGUCAAUUUUUCAUCAUGGUAUCAAUGGUAGUAACCUAUUAUCCUAGUAAUGACAUUAGUACCAGAUUUCACUAAUUUAUUGCAGUUUUACACACAAUGUCAAUUUGCAGCAGUAUGUUGUUUUUCGAAUGUAUUUUAAUGAAAUGAAUGAAUUUCUGGUGAGCACUGGGAUUGUGUCCUGUGAUACACAUUGAACAUUUUUGACACGUUGUUUGCGAAAUGUAUGUUGUAACCUGAAUGGUGCUCCGUGCAUUCAAAAUGCUGUAGGGAAGUGGCUUUAAGUUGGAAAAUUGAAUAUAUUGGAAGUCUUUUUGUAAAUUAAACACUUUGUUUAACCAUUUGCCCAUACCAAGGGAGGAAAAUUCAUUGAAGUAAAAGGUUUGUUGGGGAAAAUAUUUCUGGUAUCAGUUUAUGCGAGUUUGAACAUUUUUCUCUUUUUUUAAUGCCAAAGGGCUUAGUGUUAAGCAAGUUUUAUUCAGUAGCUCCAUACCGUACAACACUGGCUCAGGAAAGAGUGGCUUUAAUCUACAGCCAAGAUUUCUGCAUGCACCUCAAAUAGGAGAUUUAGCUUUUAUAUUGUAUUUCUUUAAUAGAUAGUCAGUGAGGACUUAGUCCAGUUAAAGUUAUAAUCUGAUCACACCACAGUGCUUACAACAUAAAAUAGGACAUAGGUCUCUUAAGACUAUGCACUCAUAUCCUCUUAUACAAAUGCACUUGCCUAGAGCUGUUUGACAAAUGCUACAGCCUGGUGGGUGUUAUUCAAUGAUUAUUGUUCAAGAAUGUCACUACAGUUCAUUUAUAGUCAUUUGAAUGAAAGUUUACAAUUAAGUGUAUUUACAUACUACUGCAGGGACUUGUAUGUUCAAAGUUUGUCACUUUGUGAAUGUGACCACAAGAUAGAGGUUCAUGCAGCUAGUCGGUGGUAGGGGAGGAGGCAGGAAUGAGGCCACAUUUCUUGGCUUUAUUUUUGAAAAACUUUGAUUUUACAGAAAAUAUUCCUCGCAAAUUUUAAAAAAAUUCCCAUAAUAGUGUUCAAAUGUAACAACCAGCUAUGUAUUCAAACUUUACACCAGAAGUACCACUCUCCUGUUACUGAUCAAAAAUGAUAAAUUUGAAACACUGAAUCCCUCGGCCCUUAGUUUAAUGGGUUGUGAAAAAAGUUCUAAUAAAAAUGAAGACAGUACUGCGAGUAUUUAUUUACUACCAAACAUUAUAUUUAAAUAUGCACAUGUAAUGGUGAUUGCUGCAGUUCUUGCGCUCUGACUGAAUAUUGGCCUAAACAGCAGGUUUGUUAUACUUUUCAAGUGUUACCUUUUCAUAUCUAAAAGAGUAGUCUUCAUAAUGAGUGAUGUAAUUUCUAAUAAAAAAUUUGGCUUUGUAUCGCAAUAUUGGGAGAUGUAUGCUGUAAACUAAACAGCCAUUUUUUUAAAAAAAAGUUGGGUUUAGUCCUUUACAUAGGGUAUUGUACACUCAGAGAGCUUUGUCUUCAGAGACUUACUGUGGAAGUGCAAAAAAUGAAAUACAAGAAAAAUUUCAAAUGAUACUUGGAUUUGGGAUUGAAUAUAUUUGAAUUAGGCCUCUUUCUCUCACCCCCACCCACCCACCACCAUCAUGUGAAAACCUUGGAUAAUCUUACUUAAAAUACGCAACAGUAACAUUUUUGUCUUAUUUCAUGAUUACACCAUUAGAUUUUGUUUUCUGAAAACCUAUUUUAACAUGUGUACACACACUUUGUAAAGGCACUUAUGCAUUGCAGUACUGUGAUUCAACAAAAAAAAAGCCUCACUUUAAGAAUAAAAUGAUCAGUAAAAUUAAAAUCGUCUCCCCGCUGUGAUUUUGUGAAACUGUCAGAUAAUCAACAAUUUGACAUAAUUAAACAUUAAACUCAAUCAUUAUGGGCAAAAUAAACCUGAUACACUAUGGGAAGUGUGGAAUUGUUACUUUUAUAUAUUAAAAUAGUGCCUAAUUUAAAUUACUUCAUUUUUGAGGUGGUUACACUUUUGGUUGUUGAAUGUACGUCAACUUUUUGUGCCAAUUGCUUGGAGUAGACACGUAAAUAAAUGGUUGUCUUCAA